GAAUGAUCAAAGUGCUCGAAAUGCUGACCACGGAGCUCACCGCCGUUCAACCGCAACGCGACGUUGAACUCGCCAUGAAAGUCAGUGAUGAACCAGCAGAUCUUCUCAGCGGCGAGGCGCAUGUCAUUGACCCAGAGAGCACAGGCGCCACUGGGACCAACGACGUGACCUGCGGCCUGCCUACAGAAACCUACUCAGAAGAGGGGGUUGUCUAUCAUGAGGACGGAGAAGAAGGCGGGAGAGCGCUGCGCAAAGAGGAGGUGGAGCUCGAAGAAAAGGUGAAUGAAUUCCGAGCAUGCGCGGGACAUGCAGCCUCCUUUCAGGAGUUCCAAACUGACUUGCGAUAUGAGGGAGGCUCGUUUGUUGGUGCGGUCUUCACUCCUGAGCCGUUUGGGACGACUGUAAGAAGAGUUACAAAGGUAAUCAUUCGCGCAAUGUCGCAGUCCUUCCAGGUCUGUCACUUUCCAGGUACUCUUACUCCACCUCAUUGCAGCCGUCGGCUUUGCAGUCUGUUGGGCCCUGCUGUGGCUGGCGUACUGGUCGGCGUGCGAGAAGAUGACCGCGAGAGCAGCAGGGAUAGUCCUUGAUGUAACUCGCCGCAUCACCGUUGCCCUAUGCUAUAUCGCUAUAAUACUACUUGUGGCUGAGGGCAGCGCAAUUGGGGCUGUCCGCCGCUUGAGGACGACCUGGUAUUUCUUCGUUCUUGGGUUUGUCCCAUACGUGACUUCUGCACUUUUCCACCACGUCGAGGCCCUGCGGAAACACCACAAAUAUGCGCCGCUCAUGCAUUACCCCAUGGUGGUGCUCGUACCCCUCAUGUGAGAAAAGAAUUGUAAUAGUAAGCACAUAUUCUUUGUCGUUGUGCCUGUCCUGUCAGGGUCUUUCGCCGAGUGGCUCAAAACUCGAAGAUAAUCGUCAGGAAGCGGGCGCAUAUUCUUAAGACAUGGGGAUUUUGUACUGGUCAUCUGUCUUUCGUUUGCCGUACGGCUCUACUUUUUGCCACUUGCCCGGACUGCAACGACAGAUAGCGAGAAGACAGGCGUCUUCUUUACUUGGCUGCUCGUGGUGUCGCCCAUUGUUGCGAUCCGUAAGAAAUGCGGCUCGACCGAUGGACACAUUCGCAUGUUUCCAUGCGUAUUCGGCCUGUGUUUCAGUCACAGGCAUCGUUCGUUCUCUGCUGGACGGCCCUGCCCUGCAAACGUCUCCAGCAAUCACGUUUGUAGCGUUCGGCUUCGCACUCUUCCCAAGAUUCGUCCAGGCCAAGAUGGAACAUAUCUCCUCUCAGGUAGGUGGGCACAUCGACGCUGUCCUCGCGUCAGAUCCAUUCCUCGUCCUUCCUGGACAUGUCUCUCCUUAUCAGAUUCUGUGGAGCUUGAUCUUUGCAUCAUUCGACUUCGCUACCGACCUAGCCAUGCCGUAUUCUAUUCUCAUAAGUGGUGCCGCGAGGAGAAGUCUGAUGCGAUUCCUAUGCAGGCCGGUACGAGAUCGGCACUUCGACACUGUCACUGCUGAAGAUACUCAGGAAACGCGCGAUAAGCAGACGCCGGUCAUGCUACUCAGCCGCCUUUCUACGACCAUGACGAUGAGUUUCAAGUCGGCCGGUCGCUAUUCCGUGAGGUCUUUGAGCACUUUUCUGGACGUCCCCACUCAGGUUGUUCAGUUUGGUUAUCACCCGAUAUUCCUUCGGCGUCUUAGCGAUGUAAGGAAGGAAAGCGACAGACAAGAAAAUCCAUUCAUUCUACACUUGUUCUGCCUCCACUGCUGCAGCAAAUGCAUGCCUACAGCUUGACCGAGUUGACAGGGCUCAUCUUCACCAACCUGUCCAACAUCACUGUCGGCCAGAUCCUCUUUCCAUCCGUCCGUCACCUGCUAGAGAGGCUAGUAGGUCUGGGAAUCAUGGUGCUGAUCGAAGUCUUCUUCGAGGGUGCGCUAUACAUCUUCCUCGUCCGCUCUGCCAACUUGCCCCUGAUUAAGAGCACAACCGAGCCGGGCGUAAUCAGGAUGCACUUGCUGGCACUGGGCAUCGGCGGGACUGCUAUCAUCAUUCGCAAUGCGCCAGUCCUUGUGCUGAUGCUCUUGACCGCUGCUGAUGAGAACAAAUAUCGGUCAGUAAGCACACACGAGUUUUGUCCUUUUCAUUCAACGAUGUUUGAGCUCUCAUGACCUGUGUGGACAAUUGGUUUGAUUCUCUGAGGGGAGGUCUGAAGACAGAAACACACGAUUCUUUUUUUUCAGGCAUCAUCUUUUCGAUGCGACAUCCUUUUUUCUCAAGGCACACCGACAAUUGUCGUGUCGUACAUGCUCUUUGGGGGGAUGGAUGGAAGGAUGGACCAAGACAGGCAUGUACAGACCAAUUAUUGACCCUCAGGAUGCAAGGAAGGUCCAACCCGAAGUUUGGACCUUCGUCUACUUCCACGCCACAGACACCAAGAGGAAGCUCAUACCAGUCAGCCUGUUUGUGUCAGGUAUCGUUCGGUGUCAAACAUACCUGACACACAUUGAUGUUAAAAGAAGGAAAAUCAUUUGUCC